GGGCGGCGUCCGCCAUCUUGAACUGCGAUCCGCUGCCGGCGCCGCGCUCCGCAGCGGGGUGGGGAUUUCUCGCUUGCAGGGCGGCGGGCGCAGCGCGUCUCCGCUUCGAUGGACAACAUGGCAAGCCCAGGUAAAGAUAACUUCAGAAUGAAGAGCUACAAGAACAAUGCUCUUAAUCCCCAAGAAAUGCGCAGACGAAGAGAGGAGGAAGGCAUCCAGCUUCGGAAACAGAAGAGGGAAGAACAGCUGUUCAAACGCCGAAACGUUUCUCUGCCGGGCAGUGAAGAAUCUAUGGUAGAAAGUCCAAUUCAGGAUCCUGAUGUCAGCUCUACCGUACCUAUUCCAGAGGAAGAAGUCAUUACAUUAGAUAUGGUGCAGAUGAUUUUCUCGGACGAUCCUGAUCAGCAACUCACUGCAACGCAGAAAUUCAGAAAAUUGCUAUCUAAAGAGCCUAAUCCGCCUAUAGAUGAAGUCAUACAAAAGCCAGGAGUGGUACAGAGAUUUGUGAAAUUUCUAGAGAGGAGUGAGAACUACACCCUGCAAUUUGAAGCAGCUUGGGCUUUGACAAACAUAGCAUCUGGAACUUUUCUACACACCAAAGUUGUAAUUGAAACUGGAGCUGUUCCAAUUUUUAUUAAGUUGCUUAGUUCAGAGCAUGAAGAUGUACAGGAGCAGGCAGUGUGGGCUCUUGGUAACAUCGCUGGUGAUAAUGCAGAAUGCAGAGACUUUGUUUUAAACUGUGGAAUAUUACCACCCCUCUUGGAACUGUUAACAAAUUCAAAUCGUCUUACAACAACUAGAAAUGCAGUCUGGGCUCUCUCAAAUCUCUGUAGAGGAAAAAACCCACCUCCAGACUUCAGUAAGGUUGCUCCUUGCCUGAAUGUUUUAUCAAGACUGUUGUUUAGCAGUGACCCAGAUGUAUUAGCAGAUGCCUGCUGGGCCCUAUCUUACCUGUCAGAUGGUCCCAAUGAUAAAAUUCAAGCUGUAAUUGACUCUGGAGUGUGUCGAAGAUUGGUAGAGCUGCUUAUGCAUAAUGAUUACAAGGUGGUAUCCCCUGCAUUAAGAGCAGUUGGAAAUAUUGUUACAGGGGAUGACAUCCAAACACAGGUGAUUCUAAACUGCUCUGCAUUACCCUGUCUCUUGCACUUGCUUAGUAGCCCCAAAGAAUCUAUUCGAAAAGAAGCGUGCUGGACUGUUUCUAACAUUACUGCAGGAAACAGAGCUCAGAUUCAGGCUGUCAUAGAUGCAAAUAUUUUUCCAAUAUUGAUUGAAAUUCUUCAAAAAGCUGAAUUUCGCACCAGAAAGGAAGCAGCCUGGGCCAUAACUAAUGCAACAUCAGGAGGAACCCCUGAACAGAUUAGGUAUUUGGUAGCACUAGGUUGUACCAAGCCUCUUUGUGACCUCCUGACUGUGAUGGAUUCAAAAAUAGUGCAGGUGGCUUUAAAUGGACUUGAAAAUAUUCUGCGUCUUGGAGAACAAGAGUCUAAGCAAAAUGGAAUGGGCAUUAAUCCUUACUGUGCCCUCAUAGAGGAAGCAUAUGGACUUGAUAAAAUUGAAUUUCUUCAGAGGCAUGAAAACCAGGAGAUCUACCAAAAGGCUUUUGAACUCAUAGAACAUUACUUUGGUGUUGAAGAGGAGGACUCCAGCAUUGCACCUCAGGUGGAUGAAAGUCAGCAGCAGUUUGUAUUUCAGCAGCAGGAGGCUCCAAUGGAGGGGUUUCAGCUGUAAACUACUGAAGACAAGGAAAUGUAAACACUUAUAGGGUUUUAGUUUUGUUUGUUUGUCUAUUUUGUUUGUUUUUUCCAGAGGUCUUUUCUUUAUGGCCAAAGUUAGAGGAAAAGUUAAAUAUGUUUUGCAGAACUAGGUGAAGCAGCAGCUCAUGCACUUUUAUAUAUUGUGUUAGACACAACUGUUCCUUGGUUUGUCUUUUGUGUUUUUCAUUCUCUCUUCUGUACAGAAAACAACUGUGAGUAAACCUGUCUAAAGUAAAGCAUUAAAUGUGAUUUUACAAGAGCUGUUAAGCUAAGACUUGGUAGGAUGUUAGGUAGUGGGUCUGAAUUUCUCAUGUAGUCUCAAACUGCAUAUCAGCAAUACAGUUACUGGCAGUUGCAUUUUUGGCAGUAGGCUUGACUUGCCCAGUCUCUAUCAAAUCUACCUCUUGUAUUGAAGCAAAAAGGUUGCUUCAGGCCUAAGGCAUGAAAUAAAGAUGAGCUUGUAAGAAGCUGAAUUGGAAUGUGAAAAAUAUUUAUUUAAAUUGUAAAACUUUUAUGCAUUACUUACUUUACAACACACUCUUGCAACUUAUUUAUAAGAUGUAUUUAAAGACAUAAAGAGAGAUACAUAUAUAAUGCUAAUUACCUACUAUGAUCUUGAAUAGAUGAAAAAGCUUGUUCUGAAUUCUGUGGGAAGAGGACUUAUUUCAGAGGUUUUUCAAAUUGCUGGUCAUUUGAUGUUGACUCUAAUUAAAGCUGCUAAAUGGCAUUAAAAGUCAGCCACAAAUACAGGACUCUGCAGUUGCUGUUGUUGCCACGAGAACGCUGGGAUGCGAAUGACAAGAGAUGGCGAUUUGCACAGAUCACCAAGCAGAUGGUCUACAGCUGUCUCCUGUCAAAAUGUGGUAACACCACUUGAGUUUGAGAAACUUUGCAAUGUCUGCCUCUCUAGUACAGUAGCUCCUUAGAAGUUUGGGCAGCAGGUGUUGUGGGUUUUAUUUGACCAAAUAUGCUGCCACCACUCGAAUGGUUCUUUUAAGUUAACCGACAGUUUUCUUUUUGGCCAGACAAUACAAGUACUGCAGUGAAGAAUUCAUAGUGAAUCACUUCUUUCCAGUGGGAGGAAAAGUUUGUUGUACUGUAAAUAGCAUUAAGUAUGUGGACACCAAAACUAACUAGAAGUUACUGUCAUCAAAAUAUUUAGGCUCUACAAUAUACAGUGUUUGCCGUUGAGCACUAAAAGAAGUAGGAUUCUAAUAUUAACAAUCCUGAAUGCAGGAAAAAAAAUGUGUGCUCUGCUUUGACUUGCAUCUAAGUAGUGUUUCUGGUGUGUUAGUACUAUAUCUCAUUUGGAGAAAUGAAUACUUUGGGUUAACCCUGAAGUAGAGUUAUUUUUUAUGACCUGUAAUUACUGUAUUAACAUCAAACUCCUGGGUUCAGUGAAAUACUUUCCAUAUGAGAGCAUUUCAUGCUUCAUAACAAGCUGCAAUUUAAACUUCAGAUGACUUACUCCAUGGCACUGUGCUUGUCACUAAAUAUUUUAAUGCACUGAAAAAUACAGGUUAAAGGUGGUAUCAUUUCCAAUACCAUUUUAUAUUUGGGAUGAUUUUUGUUUUGUUACAUGCAAGUUCAGAUGUUUCUUUUUCAUGUUACAGCAAUAGAAACUACAUUGUAAUUGAAUGUGGGACUUGAAGUGGCUUUUUUGUAAGAUUAAUGGUCAGUUUUGACUGAGAGGGAGGAAGAAAAACCCUCUUUUUGAAGUCUUUUUAGUGGAAGAUAGAAGUGUAAGACGUGUACAUAGGAGUGCUGUUACUUUAUGAACUCUGAAUAAUGAGAUAUUUUAGCAGAUGACACUUUAAACCUAGAUUUGUACAGCAUACAACAGUUUUGAAUAGUGUGAUAAUCUUGAGUACAGCUGCCAAAUUUUCAUACAAUACUAGAUGAUUGUAUUGGUGCCCUUUUUACUCUCAUAGUUUUAGGUUUUCAUAGACUGACCUUCCUUGUUUCCCUCCCAUCUGUUCAAAGUUACAGGGUAACAAUCGUGGAAGUCUACCAGGAUUAGUAGUAAAUGCUGAAUUUCAAUGUGUAAGGAAACAAUUCAGGUAACAGGGUAUUCCAUGGUUUCUGACAACCUGGUGUGAUAACAUAACCAGCUGUGCCUGCUUUUUAUUUGGAGAACCCUGUAAAAACUGCAUUUCUAUAAGCCUCUCUAAUCUAAACCAAAUCUGAAUGAUAAAAAUCUUGACUAAAAGACUUGCCAAGACAAGAGGGGACAUUGGAAGUCUUGUAUCUGGUUUGAAAGAAUGUCUUCAGUUUUGUGGAUGUAUUAUUCUGUGUGUGAACAGUUAGUGACUGCACUUUAUGCAUUCAGAUAAACUGUGUUUCAUGCCUCUGGUAACACUUCAAUGUAAUGGUUUAAAAAAGGGAACUAAAAUGGAUGGACUUGGGCUGAUGAAAAAUCAUUAUUUAAACUCAACAUUUGGUUCACCCUAAAGAUUGUUUUUAAACCAAUGAAAAGUCUUCUUUAAAGGAUAACUUUACAGGAGGGCCUCUCCUAUUUUAGCACUGGGUUUACAUCACACUUGUUAAAAGCACAUCAAUGAGUAACUCAAAGCAGAGGUGAUGACUUGAGGUCAGCUCUGGUCUAGUCAUUGGCAGGUAGGGGCAUGACUGCGAUGUUGUUGCCUAAACAGCUGAAAUCAGCGUGGAACAGACAUUAACUGUGAGGAGAAAAAUCUCUUUGAGUUUGGUAUUUCCUAUGGAAUCUGCAGUGCCCCUUCAGUUACAAAGGCUGUUUGGGUUUGGAUUUUGUGCUGUUGGGUUUAAUUAAAAAGGGUACCAUUUGUUCUGCUUAAAUGUGAACACUGAUGAGCUAAUCUAUGCAACUAUGCAAAGCAUAGGAUUAUUUUUUUAGUUCCCUACUCUUGAUACACUGAAUCAUAUCUAAUUUUUUUCAUUGCACUUUUGUCUGAGGACUGGUUCAUACAGCUUUUUAGUUUUCUAGGAUCUGCUUUAAACACUGUUGCUAGCAGCAAUCAGAAAACAGUAAUAAUGUUGGCACAGAAAUAAGUUAGCUGUAGAACAAGUUUGCAACUGGAAAAUAUUUAUUGUUGGGUCUGUCUUUAAAGGAAAAAAAAAGAUAAUGGAAAUAAAUAUCAAAGAUGCACUAUUGUCUUUCCUCCAUGGUUUCUUCUCAGCUGGGUUGCAUUUAGUACAUUGGACAACUGAGGAAUUUUUGUAACAGGUUUGCCAGCUGCUAUGUGAAGUUUAACUUGUGACCUCAAGAGUUCACUGGCAUCUGGAAUGGGAAAUUUUGGUUAUUCAUGGCACGAUACCUUCAUAUAAUGUAUGGAAGCUACAAUACCUAUUCUGACUUCAGAUAGUAAUAGUGCAUCUUUCAGUCCAGGCCAAAGGCCCAUUUCUGUACCAGAACACAUAUGAGUAGUAUGCAAUAUUAUGGAAUGUUAAACUCCAAAUACCAUACAGAAACCAAUAAAACCUAUUUUACAGACGUUGGUUGUAUUUAUUUAGCGGGUCAGUAAGGGUGG